AGAGAGAGAGAGCGCAUAAAGGAAAAGCAAUAGGCAAGACAGAGAGAGAGAGAGUGACGGAAGAGAGAUCUAACAAGCAUGGGUUGACCCGUAGAUAAUUCAGAGAGAUGAAAGAAAUGAUAAAUGUUUUUUUUUUCCCCCGGAAAAUAAAACCAAGUUUGACGAUUACUCUUUCUGGUUAUCUAUUAAUCAUUCUUGGGUUGAAGACGGGAGUGUUCUUCCUGUUUGAAAAUUUGGAUUGUUUUUACUGAUCAGAUGGAGAUUAAAUCAUUAUACUUUAUGGGCUAAUUCUAAGGUGUUGUUCCUUUGAUCGGGUUAUCACCAAUUUAUGCAAAGUUCAAAGACCGAGUGACUUUGCUGUGUGAAAUUUCUGUCUAGUUCCAUUCAUCAGGGAGGGAGGGAUAUAAAGCUCUAUAUUGGUCAUCGACAUUGAAUUUACUGGUUCACCGCCAUUCAUAUCUGGGUUCGGGGUGGAUCCAUUACCUUGGUUUUAUACUUGGGAAUCGCUGUUUCUUUUUGAUUAUUGAAGGUGUUGGGUACGUUCUUCCUCAAGUCAUGGCAGCUGUGUCAAAAGGAAAUUCUAAGCGCAUGUACUCUUGGUGGUGGGACAGCCAUAUGAGCCCAAAAAAUUCAAAAUGGCUUCAAGAAAAUCUUACAGAUAUGGACACCAAAGUCAAACAAAUGAUGGAGCUCAUAGAAGAAGAUGCUGAUUCCUUCGCAAGGAGGGCGGAAAUGUAUUAUAAAAAACGGCCGGAACUGAUGAAAUUAGUCGAAGAAUUUUAUCGAGCGUACCGUGCAUUGGCUGAAAGAUAUGAUCAUGCAACUGGAGCGCUGCGGCAUGCUCAACGAACGAUGGCAGAAGCCUUUCCCAACCAAGUCCCCUUUGCAAUGGGUGAUGAUUCCCCUGCCGGUUUUGCUAAUGAGAAUGAUCCUCAUACACCUGAUAUGCCACCCAUAUCACAUGCAUCGUUUGACCUUGAUGAGUUGCAAAAGGAUGCUCCGGGACUUUCUCCUUUUCGUGCUUUUAAUUUGAAUGGAGCUUUUACUGAAGAAUCUGAUUCUGAAAGUGGCAGAAAAGGUUUGAAACAGCUUAAUGAUAUUUUUGGGUCUGGAGAAGCAGUUAGCAGUGCAAAGUUUUCAGAGCGACGGGCAAGAAAAGGCCUGAACUUUCAGGAUGCUGAGGAGAAAGAACGAAGUUCGCAAAACAAUGGGAUCAAUGAUCUCAAAGCUCGGGUCCCAUCUGAGUCCGAGAGAGUUAGAAAAGCUGAGAUGGAACUCCUAGCUUUAAAGAAUGCCCUGAUUAAGUUAGAAGCUGAGAAGGAAGCUAGCCAACACCAGUACCAACAGACUUUGGAGAGGUGGUCUAAUUUAGAGUUAGAAUUCUCUCGGGCUAAAGAGGAUUCCAUAGAACUUAAUGAACGGGCAAGCAAAGCUGAAGAAGAGGCUCAAACUUUGAAGGAAGUCCUUACUAAAUUAGAGGCUGAAAGGGAAGCUAGCCUUUAUCAAUACCAGCAGUGUUUGAGCAAAAUAUCAAAUCUCGAGCAUAAUUUCUCUGAUGCGCAAAGAGAUGCCGGAGAGCUUAAUGAACGUGCUGGUAGAGCUGAGAUGGAAGCUGAAGCCGUAAAGCAAAAAUUGUUUGAGGUAGAAGCUGAAAAAGAUGCAGCUCUUGUUCAGUACAACAAAUGUUUGGAGAUGAUAUCUAAUCUAGAGGACAAAUUACUGCUGGCUGAGGAGGAGGCCAGGAUGAUUAAUGAUCGAGCAGCUAAAGCAGAACAUGAAAUUGAAACCUUGAAGCAGGAACUUUCCAAAUUGACUGAGGAGAAAGAAGCUGCUGUUCUUCAGUACCAGCAGUGCUUGGAGAGAAUUUCUUAUCUGGAGCAAGAACUUGCAUGUGCCCAGGAAGAGGCACAGAGGCUUCAUAGCGAGAUAGAUAUUGGGGGUGUAAAGUUAAAGGGGGCUGAAGAAAGAUGUCUUCUGUUGGAGAACUCAAAUCAGACUAUGCACUCUGAGUUGGAGUCUAUGGAGCAGAAAGCUGCAUCUCAGAGUGAAGAUCUUACAGAAAAGCAGAAAGAGUUGGGGAGACUUUGGUCUUGUCUACAAGAAGAGCACUUGCGAUUUGUGGAGGCUGAAACAGCAUUUCAAACACUGCAGCAUUUGCACUCUCAGUCUCAAGAAGAACUGAUAUCUCUGGCUGGAGAACUUCAGAAUAGGGCUCAAGUCUUGAAAGAGAUGGAGGCUCUUAAUCAGGGUUUGCAGGAUGAAGUCCAAAUGGUUAAGGAAGAGAAUAAGGACCUGAAUGCUCUCAAUUUAUCUUCAGCUGCAUCGAUUGAAGAUUUGCGGGAUGAGAUUUCAAGCUUAAGGGAAACGAUAAGGAAACUUGAAGCAGAGGCUGAACUCCGUGUGAACCAAAGAAAUGCUCUUCAGCAAGAGAUUUACUGUCUGAAAGAGGAGCUGAAUGACCUUAACAAGAAACACCGGGAUAUGACACAGCAGGUGGAAUCAGUUGGCUUCCAUCCAGCGUGGUUUGGGUCCUCUGUGAAGAAGUUGCAGGACGAGAACAUACAUCUGAAAGAAAUCGGUGAGAGAGGCAGAAGUGAAAAAGUUGCUCUUCUGGAAAAGUUGGAAAUCAUGGAGAAACUUCUUGAUAAAAAUGCACUACUAGAGAUUUCUCUCUCAGAUUUGAAUGUUGAGUUAGAAGCGCUUAGAAAGAAGGUGAACGCAUUAGAAGAAUCUUGUGAAGCUCUCCUGGAAGAGAAAUCCACUCUCACCUCUGAGAAGGCCAUGUUGUUAUCUCAGCUGCAAAUUGCAAAUGAGAAUUUAGAGAAACUUUUGGAGAAGAACAAGAUUCUGGAGAAUUCCCUCUUUGAUACAAACGCUGAACUUGAAGAAUUGAGGAUAAAUUUGAAAAACUUAGAAAAUUCGUGCCUGUUACUUAAUGAUGAGAAAUCUUUGCUGACUGCUGAGAAGGGUAAUUUAAGUUCACAAUUGGAUGAAACUCUGAAAAGAUUAGAAGAUUUAGAGAAAAAUAACAUGGAGUUGGAAGAGACAUACUCAGCCCUGGAGAAAGAGAGGGAAUGCAUGCUUCUUACGCUAAAAGAGCUACAGGUUUCCUUAGAUGUUGAAAAGCAAGAACAUGCUAAUGAUGUCCAUGUGAGUAAAUCUUGCCUUGCUAAUAUGGCUUCACAGAUCUGUUUACUGCAAGAGGAAGGUCAGUGCAUGAAGAAAGAAUAUGAUGCAGAAGUAGACAUGUCCAUUAAUGCUCAGAUUGAGAUCUUCAUCUUGCAGAAAUAUUUGCAAGAUACAAAAGAACAAAAUCUAUCCCUGUUAAGGAAGUGCGAGAAACUCUUGGAAGCAUCUAAGCUGUCAGAGAAACUGAUUUCUGUACUGAACCAUGAAAACAUCUGCCAAAACAUGGAGGCGCAGUCUUUAAAUGAUCAAGUCAAAAUUCUGAGGAGGGAGCUCCAUGGUGCAUUGAGAGCUCCUGAAGUUGGCGUAGAUCAUUUGUGUGAAGAUAUUAUUGAGCUCGAUCAAACACUUUAUAACAUUGUAGUUAGCAGUAUCCAAGAAAGACAAAAUUGUCUGUAUAUGAUGCAGGAUGAGAAUCAGCAAUUGGUUAUUCAGAAUAUUGUUCUUGUGACAUUGUUGGGUCAACUGCAACUAGAGGCGGCUAUUCUUGCCACAGAAAAGAACAAGCUUGACCAGGACUUCAGAAUCUGUUCUGAGAAGUUGUCAGUGUUGCGUAAUGAGACACAGAAACUUAAGGAGAUGAAUGAACAAUUGGGAUCGAAGACAUUGGAGGGGAACCUGAGAGAGAAAGCUUUGAAGCUGCAACUACAGGAUCGACAAGCUCAGUUGUUAGAGUUGCAAAAGGCUCACCUACUUUUGCAGGAAGAGAAUCAGAAGAUGCUUGAUAAUAAAAGGUUAUUAAUGAAAGAAGUCUUAAACCUGGGAGGAGAAAAACAUGAUCUAGAACAGGAAAAUUUUGACAUCUGUGCUGAAACGGUAUCUCAAAGCCUGCUUUCUCUCAUUUUGACAGACAUUGUUUCUGAAAAAUCUGAGCAAAUUACAGAUCUCAUUGACAGUCUGUAUGAACUUCGUGUCGUCAAUAAUGUCCAGGAGGAGAAAAUCAGCAUCAUGGCUGGGAAGUUAGAUGAUGUAAAAGUGGAAAAACUGCAUCUUAAUGAAUCAUUGGAAAAGUCAGCGAAUGAGCUGCUUUCAGUUAGAUCUGUUAAUGAGCAGUUAAAUCAUGAGAUUGCAUGUGGAAAAGAUCUGUUAUGCAUGAAGGAAACUGAGAUUUUGGAAGUAGAACAUAUGCUAACAUCACUCCGACAUGAGAAAACAGAGGUGCAUAAAACUUUCAAGGAUCUGAAGUGUAAAUAUGAUGAGAUCGAGUUGUUACACAAAGAUCAAGAGAAGCAGAUCAGUGAAGUAUCUGGAGAACGAGACUCUCAGGGUAAAGAAAUUGGUUAUCUUCAUCAAGAAAAUCAGAAACUGGAUGCUGAGCUUUGGAAAUUGCAUAAGAUAAUUGAAGACAACAAAUGUAGAGAGGAAAUGCGGCAAAAUGAGGUUGAACUGUGGGAGUCUCAGGCUGCUGUAUAUUUUGGCGAACUGCAGAUCUCUGCUGUACUUGAAGUUUUGUUUGAAGGGAAGAAUAUUGAGUUGAUAAAAGCAAUUCAGAGCCUUGAAGAUCUAUAUGAUUCCAGAGAUAUGGAGAUUGACCAGUUGAAAGAAACAGUUAGCACCAUGGAAUCAGAAAAUGAGGGACUAAAAGCUCAGUUAGCUUCAUAUUACCCGGUGGUCAUUUCCUUGAGGGACGAUGUAACUUCAUUGGAGAAUCACACUCUGUCCCGUACCAAACUUCAUGAAGCUGUCAAUGAAGAGGCAAAGGAUGCUGAACAGGUGAGUUAUCUGCAAGCUGAAAGCAGCCAGCAAGUCAAUGAAGAUCAAGUUGCCGUAGUUCUGGAUGGAUUUUAUGAGUUGCAGAAACUGCAAAUGAAGCUUAAAGCUGUUGAAAAAGCAGUGGUGGAAAAGGAGAGGCUGGCAUUGCUGGAGAACUCAACUAUCAAUUCUAAACUUGAGGCCUCGAUCAAGGAGAUAGGAGAGUUAAAAUCAGGUAGUAGCUUGUGUCAGGAAGCUGUUCAAGCAAAUGAGUCUGUUAAUCUAAAGCCUGGAGAGGAGGAGCUCAGGGAGGGGAUCAGUAAAGAUCUCAGGCUAAGAAAACCGACCAAUGAAAUCUCUGAGGAGGGGGAUGCUAUGAUGACUAAAGACAUAAUGCUUGAUCAGAUAUCUGAUGGUUCAUCCUAUGGAUUUAGCAAAAGAGAAGCUGUUGAGGCCGAUGAUCAGAUGCUUGAUGUAUGGGAAACCAUUGAUCAGGAGGGGAACAUGGACCUGAAAGUUGGAAAGGCCAGGAACGUGAACACUCCUGCUGCUGACUAUCGAAGGACGGAAACAAUCAAGAAACACAGAAGUAAACAUGCGGCUACAGAGUCGUUGGUUGAAAAGGAGUUGGGCAUGGAUAAAGAGAUGUCCAAGAGAUUAACCGACCAUGUUGAAGGAGGAAGCAAGAUAAAGAUUCUUGAAAGACUUGAUUCUGAUUCGCAGAAGUUGACAAACCUUCAGAUAACUGUGCAAGAUUUGAAGAGAAAGGUGGAGAUAACUGAGAAGAGCAAAAAGGCCAAGGGUAUUGAAUUUGACACUGUGAAAGAGCAGCUUGAAGAAGCAGACGAGGCCAUCGUGAAAUUGUUUGACGACAACCACAAAAUAUUGAAGAACGUUGAAGGUUCUUCAUCGUCUUUUGAUGAAAAAUCUGCAUUGGAACCAGAUCAGAGUGGAAGUUUCAGGAGGAGGGGUGUUGCAGAGCAAGCUAAAAGGGCGUCAGAGAAAAUUGGGCGGUUGCAGUUGGAGGUGCAGAAGUUGCAGUUUCUAUUGCUGAAACUUGAUGAUCAAAAUGAGAGCAGAAGGAAAAUCAAAAUUACUGACAGCAGAACAAGAGUUCUCUUGCGGGACUAUCUCUAUGGCGGCGGCAGAUCUAACCCCAGGAAAAAGAAAGCACCAUUUUGUUCAUGUGUGCAACCGUCAACCAAGUCAGAUUGAAGCAGUUACGUUUCCUCAUGAUCGGUCCAGAGUUCAGAUUAAAUUCACGAAACACAUUGGCUGCUCUAUCUAUACUUUUUUCUUCCUUGGCAUUUUCAUAGACCUGCAUUUUUAUUUCAUCAACAUUGUAGAGCAUAUUAUUUUUCACAUAAGAGAUGCCGUUGUACAUGCCCGGCUUCUUGUAAUCAAGAAGGAGCUGCUCUCUUAGAGCAUAUUGAAGCCUCAUCUAUAUAUUUUUCUUUCUUUUCUUC